UAGCGAUUGCUUGCAGCAGCAACAGCCACGUACAUUAAAUCUCCUCUUGUGUCGGUAAAGAUGAAGUGCGUUCAAACAGUUGUGUCCGUCGUUCUUUUACUGGCCCUGUGCCUUCACGCAACUUCGGCUGAAGUAGUGAACUUUAAGAAAUGUCCUGGCGAAGCUUCUGAGAAAUGUACAAUUCACGAGGUUUCGAUCACACCAUGCCCAGAAGCUGAGGAAGGUCGUGCCUGCACCGUGUACCGCGGAACGAACGUUAGCAUAGUAUUCGAUUUUACACCCGAAUUCGCUGCCAAUGAGCUCACGGCCGAUGUGGCCUGGACGAAGCCUAGCUUCGAUCUACCCUUCGUUGGCAUGGAUACGGCCGCCUGUAAACAUACAAGCUGCCCGGUGACAUCUGGCAAUCGGCAAACGUACGCCUACAAUUUGCCCAUUAAGAAGACUUAUCCUCCGCAACAUUACGACGUCAAGUGGAAGCUGACGAGCGAGAAUAACGAUUCCUGCUGCUUCAUUGUACAGAUCAACAUCACCAAGAAGACCAAGCGCACUUAGGC